AUGACUCCCUUUAUUGCGCAAUUGAUAUCAAAAAACAUCUUUGCGGUUAUAGCGGACUACCUGAAAAGGAAUAAUAUUAUCGAUCCCACCAAAUGUGCGAAGAUAUUUCAAAGUAUCGGUUCAUUCGGCUCAGCGGCAAUGCUCAUAGCACUGGCCACUUUGCCGAAUUGCACAUUUUUCUCUGCGGGUAUUCCUGGUUUCUUCACAUGUAUCCUUUGUAUAGCCCCACCAUUUUCCGGUACGACUACUUCAAUCGCUAUGUUAUUUGGUAUGCUGGGAAAUAUCAGUGGUACACUGUUGUUGGGCUUGAUCUCCAAAAUGGGUUUCUCCAACAAAUGGAUGAUGUCGUUUAUGUUAUGUAGUGCAUUCAGUUUUCUAGCGGGAGCCGCUUUCUUGAUAUUUGGAUCCGCAAAGGUUCAGGAGUGGGCCAAGAAUGAGUCAUCCAAGAGCGAUUCCGCCAUGAAAACUCUUCAGCCAUCUAAGGACCUUUCCUCUGAAAAGGCAAAAACAUGA